AUGCCCCGCGCUACCUUUGCGGACCCGCCGGUUACCUCGACCUCGACAUCAGGGAACGGACAGCCCACCGAGACCUCACGGCUCAAGGACCACGUGUACACGCCGACGUACUCUUACGUUGACGAUGACCUCGAAGCUCUCGGUAGCGACCUAGGCGAUGACGGGCGCGAGGUCGAGGUUUGGAAGCCUGGCCACAGUGGAUUCUACCAGACUCUCCUCAACGUCCUCGGUGACUUGAUCGGGACGGGGUUGCUCGCCACGCCGAUCGCGAUCGCGCACGCCGGAUGGGUGUUUGGACCUCUCAUCCUGGCGUUUGUUGGUGGCGUUACGCUGUGGACGCUCAAAAUCUUGCUGCGUAUCAUUGCGCAGGACCGCCGCCUGCGCAACUUUACCGAUGUCAUCGGUUUCGCAUUGGGCAAGCGGGCGGAGAAGUUUAUCACAGUGCUCUUCAUCGCUGAAGUCGCUGCAUGGGUAAUCACCCUCGUCGUCCUGUUCUCGGACUCGCUCGAGGCCGUGCUCCCAAUGUACUCGUCCAACCAGUGGAAGGUGAUUGGGCUGAUUGUCGUCAUCCCCACAAUGUUCCUCCCGCUCCACUACCUCGCAUACUCGUCUUUCCUCGGCAUUUUGAGCACGUGGGCGCUCGUCGUCAUUCUCAUCUUCACGGGCAUCGUGACCCCCGAAGGGCCCGGCUCGAUCCGCGACCCUGCGCCAACCGACCUGUGGCCCCCGCACGGAUGGAUGAAGUUUGCGACUGUUUUCGGUCUCAUGAUCGGCGGGUUUGGAGGACACGGUCUCAUUCCCAAUCUCAUCUACGACAUGCAGAACCCGCACGAGGCCGAGCGCGUGUGCGAGGUGGCUUACGGCAUCGCGAUGGCCGUCUACGUCUCGGUCGGCUUCUUCGGAUACCUGAUGUAUGGGCGCGACGUGAGCGACGAGGUCAGCCGUGACCUCGCCCAGACUCGGGGUUUCAGCCCUCUACUCGCAAAGCUCGCAGUGUGGAUGGUCGCUCUGAACCCACUCACCAAGAUUGCCCUUGGUGUACGCCCCCUCGCAGACGUCCUCUUCUCCUACUUUGGUCUACACAAAACCGAGCUCGUCCCAGAGGAAGCGCCUACCCCUCGUUAUGUCACUCGCCCAUCGUCGCCCACCAGCUCCCAAGGCUCAGUCAUCAGCGACAGCGAUCCGGUAUUUAACCGCCACGGCGCGGACCCGGCCGCGAGCCACUUUUCCGUCGUCGCAGAGGCGCGCCACCAGCGGUCCGAGAAGUGGAAGGACAUUGUGCGGCCUGCCAUCCGUGUCGUGCUCGGCGUGCUGUCGGUCCUCCUUGCCCUCGUCUUCCCGUCCUUUGAGGCCCUCAUGGCGUUGCUUGGAAGCGGGUUCGCCAGCGUCACCCUCGUCAUCGUCCCUGUGUGGGCUGGGGCCUCCCUUUUCGGGUGGCACUGGUACGACUACACGGCAAUCGUUGUCGCGGCCGUUGCGGGAGUCGUUGGGUGCUUUGCGGCGUUCUGGCCUUGA